UCAUUGAUACAUGAUAUUGCUGAACCUGCAAUAGAGGAAGUUGUGAACAAACUUCCAGACACUGUUGUUUUUGUCAAGGUCUUGGUGGGGAACCGUGAAUUCUGGAAAGACAAAGAAUGCCCAUUCCGCAAAGACAAGAAAGUUCAUCUCAGCUCUCUUCCCACAAUUGUCAAAUGGAAUAACCCGGAACGGUUGGAAGGCAAUGAUUUUGCCAAUAAAGAAAUAAUCGAGAUGGCAUUUGAAGAAGAUUUAUAGCAUUCCUAAGAUAUCUUCUGAAGCAAAAUAAUGAUGUGAUACUGUCAGAUUUCUAUUAUUCAAAUAGUGUAAGAUAAAAAUGUAUUAAAAAGAUAACUUUUCGA